UCAUUUCCACUAUUUUUCAAUGCAGAAGGGGUUUGUGUGCAAUUGAUUUAUUUUCUUUCAACAUUCGUUUUUCCGUGAGUGUCGAUCAUGGAAACAAGACCAAACAACACGAUUUACAUCAACAACUUGAACGAAAAGAUCAACUUGGAAGAAUUGAAGCGGAGUUUGUACGCGAUUUUUUCUCAGUUCGGUCCAAUUUUAGCGAUUCAUUGUAGAAAAUCGCUGAAGAUGCGAGGACAGGCUUUCGUUGUGUUCAAAGACGUUACGUCGGCUGCAAAUGGACUGCGAUCUUUGCAAGGGUUUCCGUUCUACGAGAAACCCAUGAGGAUCCAGUUCGCCAAGAAGGAAUCGGUCGACAUAAGCAAGCUGAAGGGCAUCUACGUGGACUUGCCCAAGAAGGACCGAACGCAACGAGAGACGCAAGCAGCGAUUGCGAGUCUGGAUUCGCGACGUGCCCGGAAAAAGGCGGCCAGGGAAGCGUCCAAGGAUCAGCGACAGAAGGCGAAGCAAGCAGCUGGCGGCAGUGGCGGCACUUACACCCAGCCGAGACCCUAUCAAAACAUGGGUGAUCAGCCGCCGAAUCAGAUCUUGUUCCUUACCAAUCUCCCGCCAGAGACGACUGAGAAGAUGUUGCACACGCUCUUUAGCCAGUUCCACGGGUACAAAGAAGUCAGGUUGGUGCCGGGUCGGCAUGACAUUGCAUUUGUGGAGUUUGAAACUGAACUGCAGUCGAAAGCUGCCAAGGAGUCGCUCCAGGGCUUCAAGUUGACGCCGACAUCUGCGAUGAAGAUCACCUUUGCGAAGAAGUAAAUGUGUCAAGUUGAAAUUGUUUUUAUCUGAUUUUUGUUUUUCGACGUCGGUUCAAAGGAUUUGUUCUUUUGGUUUUCUGUUGGAAAUGAACGUUUUUUCGAUUGGUCUCCUACUGAAAAGGACA